UCAGUAGCCAAUUCAAAACUGACUCUUCCCUUUCCUUCGUCCUCCGUUUUCAACGCAAUUUCAAAUCCCGGGGCUGAGUGAAUUGCUAUAUGAAUUGCGAAAAGCGCAGCAUUUCAUUUCAAUUUUCAAGCAUUAAUAAGAAGAAGAAGCAGAAGCACAGGAACAAACCAAAACAGCAAUCAACCAUGAAGAAGAAGAAGAAGCAACAGCAGAAUGAGAAUCACAAGAGCAAGAGCAUUGACGACACUCUCCCUCUUGAGCUGAUUCACAGAAUCUUACUGAGGGUUCCGCUCAUACAUCUCGCUCGCCUCAAGUGUGUUUCGAAGCUUUGGCACUCUCUCAUUUCCGAUCCCGACUUUGCGGAAUCGCAUCGUCGACUCUCUGCCGCACCCACCCAUGUAUGCCUCCUCAUAAACGAUUACUCCAAGGCUUGCUCCGUAGACAUUGACGCAAUAUUUCACGGCUACAAGCAUGCUGCUGUAAAAGAGGUAUCUCUCCCUUUCAAGGUGAACACACGUUAUGAUUUUGAAGUUAUGUGCUCCUGCAGAGGCUUUGUUCUCUUACACCGAGCCCCGCAUUUUUUGGUCGUAUGGAAUCCAGUGACUGGAUCCAGCAAAAGAGUAUCCUACUCUCACAUUGUUUCUCGUAGUAAUUCCGUUUAUCGGUGUUUGUAUGGAUUUGGUUACGAUGCUUCACAGGAUGACUACUUAGUUGUUGUAGGUUCUCAGGAUAAGAAUGGCCAAGACCACUUUGAUUGCUUGUCUUUGAGAACCAAUUCAUGGAUUAAUCUUGAUUUUGCACUCUCCAAACCCUUGGGUGGGGGGAAAUGGGAAUCGCGUGGGUUCUUCUUGAAUGGCGCCAUUCAUUGGUCGUCUUGCACUCUUGGAGUUAAAGAUUACAGUAUUCUUAUAUUUGAUUUAAAGGAAAAGAGUUUCUCAACCAUAUCUAUGCCUGAACAAGUAAUGUGUUAUCUCGAACCCACUCGUCUCGCCCUACUAGGAGGGUGCCUAGCCUUGUAUUCAUAUGAAUACCGUAAAACUAACAUAUGGGUGAUGAAACAAUACAAAGUGCAUUCAUCUUGGACUUUCUAUCAGAUUUCUCGUGGAGAGUGUGUGCCUAUAUGCUUAUCCAAUGGUAGUGACAUUGUUGCACUAGAUCUUCCCCCAAUAUCUACAUAUACCAACUUUAGUUUUGUCAAAUAUAAUGCCAGAGGAAAGCUCCUCCAAAUCGAUUAUUUUGAUUAUCUUCAUCUCCCACAUUUUAAACGUAACGGCACAAGCUACACUGUAUACACAGAGUCUCGUGCCACUCCCUAGUGACAUUAAGGAUAAGGAUAGGGAUAAAGGACAAGAAGAAGAAAAAUGGCCAUCAGAAUCAGAAGGAUGUCAAACAGAAGGGGGAUGUCAAACAAGGAAAGAGAACUAGGAGCAAAUGACUGGACAUCAGAGACACUUGAUUCUGUUGUAAAUAAAGUGUAGGAUUGGCAAGUUCAGCUGGAAGAAGCUUCUAAAGAAUUUUGUUUUAUUUUGCUUUUGCUUUAAAGUAUGAUUUCCCUUCCAUAUGAAUGUGAAAAACUAGAACAUUUGAAGGUGUAAAUAGAGUUUCCUUUAGUUAAAUGCAAUCUCUUAUAUUAUCUGCUUUAUCUUUAUUCAAUGUUGCCUUGGUUGAGUUAUCAUGUCUACACAGAAUAUCACACAUCUUAAUGAGAUUUAAUUUGGCAAUUCAGUUUGGUCUUUAGUAGUAAGUAUUUCAGUAUUUUGUUUGUUGGGAUUACAGUUGGGAUAUUUGUGUUUGUCACCUGAAUUCUUCACUGUUCAUAGAGCAUGUGCUCCCAGGUCUUUCUUUCAUGGUAGGUUAAUUGAACCACGUUAAAUUUUCUAUUUUCACCUUAUCUUUUGUUCUAUCUGGUAAUGAAACCUUGUAGCAUCUUGAUAUAAUUGCUAUAGUGGUGUAAAUUUUACAUUUAUAUGUAUGGCUUUCAACUUUAUUUUA